AUGCUCUGGACACUGCAGCUGUGCCUAUCAGGGCUCGCUGGCAUAUCCUCUCAUCUGGUAUACUUCAUACAAGGCGAACAUCACAUCCAAGCGCCGAAGAUAUUCAGAUUCUAUCUACUCCUGACGUGCUUGGUCUUCUUCAUCGAGGCUUACUGUGAGAGAAAGAGGGUACAAACCGCAAUCUUGAUGGCCACUUCAGUUUCAUUCUGCUACGCCAUCGCUCUUUUUGGUAGCAUGUUCAUCUAUCGCGUGUUCUUCCAUCGUCUACACAAUUUCCCUGGCCCUCGCUUGGCCAAGGUAUCGAAGCUGUGGAACGUUGUCAAGGCUUCGAAGUCGACCAAUUUUAGACUCAUGGAAGAUCUACACGACCGCUACGGUGAUUUCAUUCGCACAGGUCCGAAUGAGAUAUCAAUCUUCAAGCCUGAGGCCGUACGGGCUCUCGAUGGGCUAAGUACGAAGUGCACAAAGGCGCCGUGGUAUGAUAUCAUGCAACCUCGAGUCUCCGUUGCCACCACGAGGGACAAGGAGUCCCAUAGCCAAAGGCGUAAGAUAUGGGAACGAGCUUUCCGUCCUCAAGCUUUGCAAGAGUAUGAGCCUCGGUUAUUGAGAUUUGCAGCACAAUUGUACUUACGCAUCUCGAAACUGGAUGGGAAAGCCGUCGACGUCUCCAAACUCUUCUACCUCUACUCAUUUGACGUCAUGAGUGAUCUAGCUUUCGGAGAACCAUUGAACAUGCUCGAUAGUGACGAGUACCACUUUACGGUCGGGCUCCUGCAGGAUGGUAUGAACCUCCUUGGACCACUAUCGCCUGUUCCUUGGCUGGUCAGAAUCGGUUAUAGUAUUCCAGGGGUAGCACAGAAUUUCAAGAAUCUGCUUGGCUGGUCGGCGCAGAAGCUUCGAGAUCGAAUGAAGAACGAGCCUGCGAAACGGGACGUCAUGUCAUGGCUUCUAAAAGCUAGCCAAGAUGCGGGUCGCUUGGAAAAAGAUCAACACUGGCUCCGGGGGGACUGCUUUGCUCUCAUUGUCGCUGGAAGUGAUACUGUCGCGUCGACUCUGAUAUCCAUCUUUUACCACCUCGCUGAUGACCCCAGCCAGAUGGUCAAAUUACGAGCAGAGCUGGAGAACGUCAACAGUGUUCCAGGCUUGGACGCCCUGAAAUCAAUGGCACAUCUCAACGGCAUGAUCAAUGAAGCUUUGCGGUUGCACCCUGCCCUACCUUCGGGUGGGUUUCGGGAGACACCCCCCGAAGGCUUGACGAUUGCGGGUCACUUCAUACCAGGAAAUGUAGUGGUAUCAGCGCCGAGAUACUCCUUAGGCCGGCUCGAGUCGUGUUACGAUCGAUCCAACGAGUUCGUCCCGGAAAGAUGGUAUGCAAGGCCAGAAAUGAUCAAGGAUGACUCAGGCUUCUCUCCCUUCUCCAUGGGGCGCUACAAUUGCAUCGGGAAGAACCUUGCGAUGAUGCAGAUUCGCAGUGUCGUGGCGAGGCUCGUAAACGACUUCGAUGUCGCAUUUGCGCCCGGCGAGGACGGCGUGGCCGUGUGGCGAGAUCUCAAAGAUCAGUUCAACUCGCACCCGGGGAAGUUGGAACUCGUGUUUGCUCCGCGACGUUUCAUAUUGGCGGACCGUGAACUUUAA